GUGCAAUCGCGAUAGUUAUUUCUAGAGGCUUGGGCAUCAGCGUAUGGGCAUUACAAAGGAGCAGCCAGAUCACCAAUGUCGCACGGAAAGUCGCUUGACUCAAGUCAAAACUCUUUCCAACCUCCCGAGGACGAGGACGACCAUUCCGAGGGGCCUUCUUUCAGACGGCAGAAGCGACAAGCAACUGUCUACGAUGCCGUAGCUGGCCGGAUAAAUGCACACGGCUUUCUUCCAUUACUACCUUACACCUCGCGAUACCGUGACACGGCGUCUUCUAAUUUUCGACCUGUCCGCCCGGAAGAAGUUCUCUUUCGUCGGCAAAAUGCACCGAUUCGGUACGAGGAGAACGACUUUUAUUUUGCCCAUGAAUCGCUUCCGUCCGACCGUCCGCUCCCUAGUUCCGACCUGCUAGAAGCUAUUCAUGCUUACUCGGCUGACUACUACAAUUACGCCACGCCUGAUCGCGGCCAGGAUGACUACCAAAGCAUGGAUGAAACGGCGCUGAUUGCUAUGGGCAUACUGAUGGAGGAGAUGGCAAAGGAAUCUCUAGGCCAAACGGGCGAUUUAGUCCUGGUAGAGGGGGAGGAGAUACAAAGCGAAGAAGAUCAAUCUCAGUCCCAGACUGCGAGGCGCGUCGGCCGUAAAAGGGCAAAUACUGGUCGAAGUAGUAUUCUGGCAAGCUCGGGGGACGAACUAGGGACGAUCGUGAGGAAACAGAAGAAGAAGCGAACAAAAAAGCCGCGACUGGUCCGGACAGCCUCUACGACAGAUGCGGAGUGAGCCGCGGAGUCCUUGCGCCAGGUGGCAGGUGCAUGAAUAUACCGUGCAAUUAAUACCAGCUAAACUUUUUUUUGGGCAUCAGAUCAUAUAUUGGCCCCGUGAUCUGACUCU